AUGUUUUCCAAGAAGCGUGCCGAGCCGAUUCAGCUGCCUUCACCUUACGUUCUGAGUCCCAGUGGGAAGUACGAAGGAAAUGACGGGAAGUGGUCUACGUUCUUCAUCAAUGUCGGCGACGACGCCAAGAACAACAGCAACGGCCAGAACUUCAGGGUACUCAUAUCUACUUCUUCGCCUGCUACCCUCGUACCGCAACAAACCGACUGGUGUUCUGAUCCAACUCCUGGAGAGUGUGCAGCGAAUCGUGGUAUCUUGUCAUACGAAGGCCGUCCGUCUCUAGGUUUCGAUGACGAAAAAUCUUCAACAUGGAAGACUGCAGGAGUCUACACUAUUCCGGUGCCCGAAUGGUACAACGACACAUUGCAAGCGGAGGAACCAGCCGCAGUUUGGGGAGUGGAUAAUGUUGGCCUGGGCGAGAGUUCACCACAAGGCUUUAUCCUGGCGGAGCAGUAUGUCGUGAAGUACACCGUUGCAAACUUCUACAUGGGUUCCUUUGGGCUCGCUGUUGGAUCUACCGGACCCCCUGGCGCACUCAAACCAAACUUCAUGGACAACAUGUACGGAAGCGCCCACAGAAUUGCGAGAAGCUUGGUGCUCGGCGGUUACGAUAAAUCGCGACUUUCCGAUCUAGGUGUCUCGAUCAGUAUGCCCAGCCGGCAGAACAACACGCUUGCUGUUGGCGUCAUUUCCAUUCUUUGGAAGCCAGACCAAGAUGCCGAAGCCAACACAGCUUCUUUCACCAAGGGAGGAUUCCCUGCUACCAUCGAUUCCACAUUACCGUAUCUUAUCCUUCCGGACGAAGUCUGUGACCAAUUCGUCACUACUUUCGGUCUGACCUUGGACGAGGAUGUUCAGCUGUAUACUGUCAACGACUCAUCGCACCAGCAGAAUCUACGACUAAACCCAACAUUAUCCUUCAAGAUCAGCGCCAAUACUGGUGGCGACAGCACAGACUUUACGGACAUAACUCUCCCAUACUCGGCGCUGGACCAGCAAGCCGGCUAUCCACUCUUCUUCAAUACGACCCGUUAUCUUCCCAUAAAGCGAUCACUAAAUGGAAGAUUCGUGUUAGGGCGCACAUUUCUACAGGAAGCGUACAUCGUGGUCGACUACGAACACCAGAAUUUCACGGUCGCUCCAGCCACAUUCUCCGAUCCAAUGCCAGAUCCGAGUCUAGUCACUAUAUUCGAUAGGUCUUACACUGGCCUACCGACACCGCCAGAGUCUGGUUCUGGAGGUGGGCUAUCGGCAGGCGCAAUCGCAGGAAUCGUUGUCGGCAUCGUUGGCGCUUUCAUUAUUGUCGCAAUCGGUGCUUACCUUCUAUGGAGGAAGAAGCGCCAGACGAGAAACUCAAAGGAACCCGAGGAGAACACCGAGAAGCCGUCUGAAAUCGACACAACGUUUGCUGGUACUGAGAUCAAGUAUCGUCGCGUCUCAGAGCUCACUGGUUCCGAAGCUCCUCAUUCACCAAAAGACCCUGCAGCAGGCUAUUACAGUGUUGAUCAAAAAUCCUAUCCACCUAUCAGCGAAAUGUCUCCGGAGAGCACCCCCGCUGAGCUUUACAGCCCUCCGCCAGAUGGUCGCAAUUCGCCCGACUACUUCACCAAUGGCAGGUAUAGUGUGCCUCUUGCAGAACUUCCCGGCGGAGAUACGAUCAGCUCAAUGCCUAGUAAGAACUCAGACAUGAAGCCAAUGCAGAAACCUCCACACAGCCGAAGUCCAAGUGACAACUCACUUUCGACCAACAUCGAUGAAGUACUAGCAAAGAAGGCGCCUGAAGCUGGACCAGAUAGCGAAGCCACAAGAUCAGCAGUGGAGCCUGGAGCGCCAGCUACUGCUGAAGAGAUUAACAAAGCAAAGGCAGGCGCACAACCCGAAGCGGACAACGAUGCGGAAGAGGCGGGGAUCGAACGACGGCCGUCACACACCAGGGGACUGAGCGACACAACCAUUCAAAGCGAUAGUACAGCAGUCUCGCAGCCAACACCCGAAGAGCUAGAGCGCUGGGCGAGAAGUGUAGACGGCCAAAGUCGGCCCAUGUCUCCAUCAUGA